AAAAUUCUGUUAUCCUUCAAGAUAUUAUCAUCAUCACUCUCCUCCUGACUGUCUUUAUUUCAAAAACGGUAGGAGAUGCAGGUCUACUUGUCCUGCUCCUUCUUAUUCAAUUGACCCCUGUGCCAAAACUCAACAACGACCAGCACAAGGACAGAACAGUGACAGCGUGCCAGUAUGCGGAGCGCGUUAUUUGAUCUGGAGCGCAUUUUUUAUUUUGAGAACGUACGUGCAACUGCGCACUACUCAUGUCCAUCACUUAACAGAAAUGACAUGUAACAUGUAAGGCUUAUUGAAAAAUAUAUUUUCAAAUGCAUUUUUUAUAUAACACAACGAAGAAACAUUUUUAAUUUCAGUGGGAACAGUGUUGUUGGUCUCCCUUUUUAGCCAGCGCAUCAAAGUCUGGAUUUAGUUUUGUUGUGGCGAUUCUCAGGAUGGAUCUGAGGUGUUGGUCAGUUAACUUGGAUCUGUGGCUGGCUUUGUUGGUGUUCAUGACGCUGAAUACCUGUUCACACAAAUAGAUCGAGCCGAACAAAGAGUAAAGCGCAAAUGUGGAGUAAUACACUGCACCUCAACAAAGGUCAAUGUAUAUAGAGUGCGUCAUCUAUUGGGAAAAUGCCAGAAUUGCGGGGAAAAACGUUAACAAGGUUUAUUAAUAAAACUUCAUCAAGUUCUGCGGGCCGGAUUAAAAAGCUUAGCGGGCCGCAUAUGGCCCCCAGGCCGUAGUUUGCCCAUGCCUGGGUUAGCCUGACCGCAGUGGUUGGGGAGAUGUUAGAGUUGAUUGUUAAGGAUGUGGUUUUAGUAACUGGAGGCAUGUGAUAAAAUAGGAUGUCGUCAGCAUGGUUUCCUCAAGGGAAAAUCUUCUGACAAAUUCAUUGGAGUUAUUUAAAGAAAUAACAAAAAGGACAGACAAAAGAGAAUCAGCGUAUAUUGUGUACUUGGAUUUUCAGAGGGCCUUUGACAAGGUGCUGCAAAUGAGACUGUUUUAUCAAAAGAAGAGCCCAUGGUAUUAUAGGAAAGAUUCUGACAUGAAUAGAGCACUGGCUGAUUGGCAGGGGGCAAAGAGUGGGAAUAAAGGGAGCGCUUUCUGUUUGGCUGCCGGUGACUAGUGGUGUUCCACAGGGGUCUUUUGGAACCGAUUCUUUUUACGUUAUAUGUAAAUGAUUUGGAUGAUGGAAAUGAUGGCUUUGUUGCAAAGUUUGCAAGUGAUAUGAGAUAGAUGUAGGGGCAGGUCAUGUGAGGGAGCAGAGAGGCUACAGAAGAAUUUAAACAGAUUAAGAGAAGGGACAAAGAAGUGGCAGAUGGAAUACAGUGUCAAGAAGUGUAUGGUUAUGAACUUUGAUAGAAGAAAUGGAAGUCUAUACUAUUUUCUAAACGGAGAGAAAAUUCAAACUAUCUGAGGUCCAAAGGAGCUUGGGAGUCCUCAUGCAGGAUUCCCUAAAGGUUCACUUGCAGGUUGAGUCGGUGAUGAGGAAGGCAAAUGCCAUGUUAGCAUUCAUUUCAAGAGGACUAGAAUGUAAAAACAAGGAUGUAAAGCACUGCUGAGGCUUCACUUGAGCAGCUUGGGGCCCUUAUCUAAACAAGGAUGUGCUGACAUUGCAGAGAGUUCAAAGCAGGUACAUGACAAUGGUCCCGGGAUUGAAAGAUUUAUUUGAUGGCUGUGGGCCUGUACUCACUGGAAGUCAGAACAAUGGGGGGGAGGAGGGGGAAUCUCAUUGAAAUCUAUCAAAUGCUGAAAGGCCUCGAUAGAGUGGAUGUGGAGGAGAUGUUUCCUCUGGUGGGAAAGUCUAAGACCAGAGGAUACACCUUCAGAUUAUAAGGACAUCUGUUUAGAACGGAAAUGAGAAGACAUCUCUUCAGCCAGAGUGGUGAAUCUGUGGAAUUCUUUUCAACAGGCAGCUGUGGGGGCUAUAUCAUUGGGUGUGCCUAAGGCAGAGGUUGAUAGAUUAUUGAUUAAUCAGGGUAUUGUCUAUUGUAUGAAGGGAGACUGAGGUCCUUUAACAUCUGCCGGACGGUGCUGAGGAUGUUCUAAGAGGCAGCGGUGGCCAGUGCUAUCAUGUUUGCUGUUGUGUGCUGGGGCAGCAGGCUGAGGGUAGCAGACACCAACAGAAUCAACAAACUCAUUCGUAAGGCCAGUGAUGUUGUGGGGGUGGAACUGGACUCUCUGACAGUGGUGUCUGAAAAGAGGAUGCUGUCCAAGUUUGUAUGCCAUCUUGUCUCCCAUCCACUCCAUAAUGUACUGGUUAGGCAUAAGAGUACACUCAGCCAGAGACUCAUUCCACCGAGAUGUAACACUGAGCGUCACAGGAAGUCAUUCCUGCCUGUGGCCAUCAAACUUUACAACUCCUCCCUCGGAGUGUCAGACACCCUGAGCCAAUAGGCUGGGCCUGGACUUAUUUCCACUUGGCAUUAUUUACUUAUUAAAUUAUUUACUUGGCAUUAUUAUUUAAUUAUUUAUGGUUUUAUAUUGCUAUACUUCUACAGUAGUCUUGGUUGGUGCAACUGUAAUGAAACCCAAUUUCCCUCGGGAUCAAUAAAGUAUGUCUGUCUGGAUACGAAAAGGUCGGAGAUGAAGACACACACACACUGAUUCUGAUCCUGAGACAUGGGAAGAACGAGCAGACAAUGAUCUUCAUCUUGAAAUACAAGAGCUGUUGUGAGAUCUCAGUGGGACAGACAGCAUCCUGGGGGGAGGGGGGGGGGAAUGAAUUGUCACCACCUGAACCGUCAAGUUCCUCCAGCAAUUAUUGCUUCUCUCUCUCUCUCUGCUCAGCAACCAGUUCGCCAAACAACACCUUUGAUUGGUUCAGCAGAACGCCAAUCAAGUAAUUCCAACUACGUCCUGUCACGUGAGAGGUACUUGCUCUGCAGGGAAGUGAUAAAAGCUGAAGCCGAUGCUGUGUGCGGGAUGGAGGAAUUGAAUCCCGAGUCGGCAUUUGACAAAGAUCCAUUCGAGCUCACGGCUGAAAAUGUCUACGAUAUUUCAUACAUCAUCGGGCGCGAUUUAAUCCAACUUAGCAGCUCAGGAAGCUGUGACAGAGUCGCCGAGUUGCAAUAUAAAAUCAUAAGGGUCCUAGAAAUGCUGGAGUGUCUGGUGAACAGACACAGUCUAACCAUGGAGACGUUACAGAUCGAGCGAGACAGUCUCAGAACCGAGACGGAAAGACUUAGCGGGGAGCUUCAGCUGGCUGUUCAAAGCAAUUCAAAGCAAGAUACCGGGUCGAACAAACUUGCGGUGGACGCCGAUGACCCAGAUCGCCCACGAUUCACGUUACAGGAACUGAGAGAUGUGCUUCAGGAGCGUAAUAAACUGAAGGCUCAGCUGCACGUUGCACAAGAGGAACUUGAGUGUUACAAAAAUGGAUUAAUCCGUACAAAAGAAUCUCACAUUGCAAAACUAAACGAGCCAGGUCCGAGCGGCGGCAGCGAACAAACCAUGGUUAAAAAGCUUUUUAAGCUUAGAAAAAAAUCCAUGAACUCCACGUAGUUUGAAAGAUUUGACGAGCAUUUAAAGAGAAGUGUUCAACAGAAUGACAGUACUUUGAAACAACUGUACCUAUAGUGUUACGAAAAAAGAAUUUUCAAAGUUUACAAUUUUUACAAUAGAUUUUGCAGCCUGUAAAAUAAUAUCUUUUUAAAAAAACAUGAUUAAAAAGCAUUCUUUUCGCUCAGAAAGAAAUCCAUAAGCUCCACGUAGACUGGAUGUUCCUUAAAUACAGUAUUUGAUGAGCAUUUAUAGAGAAUUGUUUUAAAAAAAUUCAGUACUUUGAAACUAUAUAGUGUUACGAAAGAAUUUUCAGUUUACUUUUUUAUACAAUUGAUUUUGAAGCCUGCAACAUAAUACCCUUUUUUUUUCAAAAACUGGAACAGAAAUAAAAGGAAAGGAAAAGAAAUUGCAGAAAGAUUUAACUUCAAAGUAACUAUUUCGAUUAAAAAUUCCAAUAAACCACAGUAAUUCCAGAAAAUAUUGCAAUAACUGACAAAAGUUAUCAACACAGCCAUAUUUCAUUUCAGCCCCAACCAAUCUUUUAGGUGUUGGUCAACAAGAAUUUUAGGAGAUCUACAUUUAUUGAGCAGGCUUUAAAUGCAUGUAUUCAUAGGUAAAAGAAUACUUUUAUAAUGCUUUAAUAUGAAGUAGAUCAGAUUUCAUGUAUCAAGAUUUUAAUACUUAAUGUGAAGUAGAGACAUCCUGUAGCUGGUGUGAAACCAAAAAAGUGUGCAGCUACUUCUUGCCAUUGGGCAUUCACCACUUACCUUUGUCUCCUGUGGCAUGUUCAUAUCCUCAUUAAAAGUCUGUUACCAUAAAAUUCAGAAAAUUAGUAAUCCAUCCAAACUAUACAAAAUUAUUAGUCUACGGCAGUGAAUGUGCAUCAAGGACUAGUACUGUACUUAUUCUCCACUGCAGUAUAGUUCAGAGCAUUCCUCCUGUUGAGAAAUGAAAUCUACGCAAAGUACUUUAGUAACUUCAUGGAUAGUAAUGAUGUAAGUAUGUGAUCAUUUGAAUAUUGAUCAGCUGAAUUAUUUCUUUGUUAAGCCACUGUUAACGAAAAUCCAAAGGAAAAACUGCAGACGCUAGAAAUCUGAAAUAACAGCAGACAAUAUUAGAAAUAUUUAGCGGGUAAGAGGGGAUAAAAUGGAGGUUAAAGUUUCAAAUCAAAAUCCCUUCAUCAGAACUGGGAAGAGGAAAACUAAUUUUAAUACAGAGGUGACUGUGGAAGAAGUGGCUAGGAUAUAGACAUCUAUGAGGGGGCGAAACCAGGUCAAAUGGGUAAAUUUGGGUGGCAAUAAUGCUUCUUUGUCUUUAUUGUGUGUUGUCAAUAGUCUGGUUAUAGGACAUGUUCAGCAGGUCAGACAACACUAGAGCAGAGGUUCCCAACCUCUUUUUAACGGCAUGUACCCCUACCAUUAACUGACGGUCUGUGGACACCAGACUGGGAACUCAUGCUCUGGAGAGAGGAACACCUAAACCAAUCUUUUAUUCUUUGAUAACAAAUGUACUUUGAAUCCCUGAAAAUCCCAGUUACAGAAAUGACCAGUUCUGAUAGACAAAGUUGUCAAAUUAAUAUUGUGUCCCAUGGGCCAAAGUGUUUUGACACCUGAAGGUUAUACAGCUUUCAAGAAAACUCUUGAUAAUGACUGUUAUAGCAUGGACUUGAGAGAACAGAUUAAUUAUUCAGUUGUCAGAACUGCACAAGUUAUCUCUGAGGUAACUUAAUGACAUGCCUGCUAAGAGGAUGAAUAUUUCUGAUGCAGAAGGCGGACUUGGGAAUGCCAAGUUGAUGAAAUUAGUUUUAUUCUGCUUGUCCUGAUUUGGUGCAACUUUUGUUUUGAAGAGAAAGCAGACUGCACUGAAAGGAUCUACAGGGAGAAACGCUGUCGACGUUUCGGGCCAAGACUCUUCAUCCUGAUGAAGGGUCUCAGCCCAAAACGUCGACAGCGCUUCUCUCUAUAGAGUCCUGACGAAGGGUCUCGGCCCAAAACGUCCACAGCGCUUCUCUCUAUAGAGUCCUGACGAAGGGUCUCGGCCCGAAACGUCCACAGCGCUUCUCCCUAUAAAUGCUGCCUGGCCUGCUGCGUUCCACCAGCAUUUUGUGUGUAUUGUUUGAAUUUCCAGCAUCUGCAGAUUUCCUUGUGUCUGCACUGAAAGGUUUGGGUUCUUCAGUGUAAUUUCCAUUCUUUCUUUACUUCUGAUAAUAACAAUCCUGUUAUUGUAAACACGUCCAGUCCUGUGCUCAUGAAACAUUCACAAAUGGAAAGUUUCAGGUGAGCGUCUUGAACAAGAACUUACACUAAUUGAUUCCCCAGCUGCCCUUCCACCUUUUACCCAUACUUUUGUACUGAGAUGACUUCUGGAUCCAAUGAAAAAUAAGCGACGCAAAGAUUAACAGUGGUGAUCAUUUCUAUCUUAACCUAUUCCUGCUGAGCAUUACCACCAUUUUCUGAUUUAUUUCCCCAGGCAAAAUCAUAGCCUUGUCGUUUCCGUUUUCUUCAUGCCUUCGCACUUCAUGCUGCGGAGAUUUAGUUAAAAGCUAAAAAUUAACCGUGGUAAAAUAGGAUUUUCUAUUCAAAUGGGAUUUCAGGAUGAAAGAAAAGAUAUAGAUUGCUGUUUACAAUCCAAAAUUUUUAAAUUACCAUCAAGUUUAUUUCCCUUUUCAUGUCAAAGAUGAUUACUCACUUGCAGAAAAGUCCUUCCACGUUGGAAUUUCAUCCAGGACGACAAAUCUUUCGGAUUUGUAAUAACAUCUUCUCUCUGUCUGAUCAAUUUCCUCCAAGUGCUCUUUAUUAGAGAGAGAAAAAAAUGUUUUGUUAAUUUCUAGCCUUGUUUUUUUUUUCUCUAGGGUUUCCUUCCACUUCAAAUCAUUCCACACAUCAGGCCCCAACAAUAAAAAUACAGCUAGUCAAUAUUAAUAUUUACUAGCACUUUACCUGCAGUCAGAUGCUCUUAAUGUGACUUACGGUUCAUGCACCUGUGAAUUGUGUGACAAUGAAAGGAUUCACCAAAAUAAAAGCAACAUUUUAAACAAACGCGAGAAAAUAGGCGACGCUGGAAAUCCAAGCAACACACACAAAAUGCUGGAGGAACUUAGCAGGCCAGGCAGCAUCUAUGGAAAAGAGUAAACCGUUGACGUUUGAGAGUCCUGAAAUUUCCAUCCCGUUUUAUGCACGUCUUCGUUCGCACUUCACUUUUUACACUUCUCAAAUGACUCAUUUGAACCUGAGUUUUGUUUUUAUAAUACAUUCUUAGGGGGCAGGUUUUGCUAGAAAGAACAGCAUAUGAUGAUGCAUCUCAGUUUCCCCAAGAAGGUGAUGAUACUACUGAACAGCUGACUAGAUAACUUCUCAUCAGUUGAAUCAACUGAAACUUCUACCCAAUCGCUUUUAGUUAAAUCAAUGCAGAAUUAAGGAUCAAUCUAAUGUAAAUGUAAUUGCACACUGUGAUUAAAGUACCUUCUUUACACUUA